UGAUGCCACGCACUGAACAGCAGGAGGAAGGCGUGCUAUGGUUUUAAUCUCAUUUAACGUAGUGAAGUUGGGGGACUCCCGGGUCAUUGAGACUCUGCUGCAAGCGGGGGCAAAUCCAAAUGUGCCAGAUCCCUCCUGCGGUCUCACCGUGACCCACGAUGCCGCUCGUGAAGGAUUCGUGGAUUCUGUGCGCGCGCUGCUAAAAUAUGGGGCCGAUGUUAACAUCGCAGAUGAAAGAGGUAACCUUCCGCUGCACCUGGCCGCCAGUAACGGUCACCUGGAGGUUGUCAGGCUGCUCAUUGGAAACACCGAGAAUCGCGGCGUACGCAACAAUGACGGACUCACCGCCGAGCAGCUCGCGCGCGGCAAUGGCCACACGGACACAGCCACGUUCAUCCAAAACCAUCAGUAAGGAUGUGAUUAAGAGAGCCUGGAAUCCGUUUGGAAAGCUUCUUCUUCUGAUCUUUUGUUUCCUGGACACUUUUCCCGGGACACUGAACACAUCG